GAUGUCAAGUGGCAUCAUCUCAAGGACUUCAUGCGACAAGCUGGCGAGGUUCUUUUCGCCGAUGUCUUAUUGCUACCGAACGGAAUGUCAAAGGUAAUAACUUGAUGGCUGGUCUUGAUCGUGAGAAGGAUGGAGGUUGACUGGCUUUUGCUUGGGUGUAGGGCUGUGGCAUCGUGGAAUAUGCGACUCGGGAGCAGGCACAGAAUGCCGUCGCGACGCUCAGCAACCAAAACUUGAUGGGCCGACUCGUAUACGUUCGCGAAGACCGAGAGGCCGAGCCUCGUUUCACCAACCCCGGUACCUCGCGCGGAGGAUUUGAAGGCGGCAUGGGCCGUGGUGGAUUCCAGGGCGGCUUUGGCGGCCCACCAGGGGGAGGAGGCGCUCCCGGCGCCGGUGGCAGGCAGGUCUACGUUGCCAACCUGCCAUACAACGUUGGCUGGCAGGACCUGAAGGACCUCUUCCGUCAGGCUGCUCAUACCGGAUCUGUGCUUCGCGCUGACGUCCACAUCGCGCCAGAUGGUCGACCGAAGGGCUCUGGUAUUGUCGCGUUCGAGACCGUGGACGAUGCCAGGAAUGCCAUCACUCAGUUCAACGGAUACGACUGGCAGGGCCGUAACCUCGAGGUUCGUGAAGACCGCUUUGCUGGUAACACUGGCUUCGGUGGACGCGGCGGCUUCGGAGGUCGUGGAGGCUUCGGUGCAGGUGGAGGCUUCGGUGCUCGCGGAGGCUUUGGCGCUCGCGGCGGCUUCGGCGGCGGUGGAUUCGGAGGUCGUGGUGGAUUUGGCGGAGGCUUUGGUGGGUCGCCUGCCGGACCUGGUUUCGAUCCCAACGGUCCCUCGAACCCGCCCAACCCCUUCACCGACUUCGCUGCUUCUGGAGGCGAGCCCAGUAACCUCAUCUACGUUCGUAACCUGCCUUGGUCCACCAGUAACGAGGACCUGGUUGAGUUGUUCACAACCAUUGGUAAGGUAGCACGUGCUGAGAUUCAGUAUGAGCCCAACGGUCGCUCCCGUGGAACCGGUGUCGUCGAAUUCGAGCAGCAGCCCGAUGCCGAGACAGCUAUCGCCAAGUUCACAGGAUACCAGUACGGUGGCAGGCCUCUUGGUCUGUCGUACGUGAAGUACACAAACCAGAACAACGGCGACAUCAUGGAGGGCACCGAGCACACUGGUGGCUUGACACAGGACCAGAUCAUGUAAAGCUGCUUCCAGCCGGGAUGUAGGGGUUUGUUCAAGCGACGGCGAAGGAGUAUGUUUGCACGCUCAUCUGCGGUCAUUCUUCAUGUUAGGGAACAUCUUUCACACUUACACUGCGCAUCUCCAUGAGACUGCUAUUCGGAAAGGAUCAUCUGCGCUCUCAUCAUGGAUCAUUUGGCGGUCGACAAAAUUUUCCUACUGUAUUCUAAAAUGCGAACUAUCGGAUGGGUCGGACAUCAACCAGAUUGUACAGAUCUCACGUGUGUGAUUGCUUAUUGCUGAUAUGCCUUAUGAUGUACUCUAUUGCUGCUGCAAGAUGCGCAUCAUCCAUUCAUACAUGGCCCAUUGUACAGCAUUGACAAUAAAAGCUCGCACACU